GCAUCCAAGUGUCCUGUUCCUCCAACGCUCGUGCUACUGACACCUCGGCGGCGGCUGCACGAUCGUUUAAUUCGCAGAGAAACGUAGGCAUCGAUGCUGCUCAUGGACUCGGUGCGCCGCGCCGGCUGCUCCCCGGUCUGCCUGGACCUCAGCGUCGGGCUCUCGCCGUCGCCGCUGAAGAUGGGCGCGGGAAUGGCGGCCGAGCCUGGACGACCCGACCCUCCCGCCGGUGGCUGCAGAAUGGCGUCGUCCAUGGCAGAUGAGCAGGCCAAGACCCUGGAGGCCAAGCUCACCCAGGUCAGUGAGGAGAACCGGCGGCUCACCGAGAAGAUCGUCUACCUCUACGCCAACCAGAUCGCCAGGCUGAGUCCCGACUCCACGGACUCGACGCACGCUUCGCAAGCCGCAUCGCCGCCGCCGGCUGCGAGCAGGAAGAGGAGCAGGGACAGCAUGGACGAGCCGCCGAAUUCGGGCGACGCCGACGGCAGCGGCAAGGCCGAGGCCGAGGCCAUCGAGAGCCCCCCGAGCGACGACUUCGAGGGCUCGUGCAGGCGGAUCAAGGUCAGCAGGGUCUGCACCCGGAUCGACCCGUCGGACACCACCCUCACCGUCAAGGACGGCUACCAAUGGCGGAAGUACGGGCAGAAGGUGACCCGCGACAACCCGUCCCCGAGAGCCUACUUCCGCUGCGCGUACGCUCCAUCCUGCCCCGUCAAGAAGAAGGUGCAGAGGAGCGCGGAGGACAGCUCGGUGCUGGUGGCCACGUACGAGGGCGAGCACAACCACCCGUGCCCGACGCGCGACGGCGAGCUCCCCAGCUGCGCGACGCGGGGCGGGUCCGUGCCGUGCUCCAUCUCCAUUAACUCCUCCGGCCCGACCAUCACGCUGGACCUCACCAAGAACGGAGCGGGCGGCGUGCGGGUGCUCGAGGCCGCCGGGGCGCCCGACCUCAAGAAGCUGCUGUGCCAGGAGAUCGCGUCGGCGGAGUUCCGGACGGCGCUGGUGGAGCAGAUGGCGAGCUCGCUGACCAGGGAUUCCAAGUUCACCGAAGCGCUCGCCGCCGCGAUCCUGAAGCAGCUGCCGGAUUACUAGAGUCCAGGGCCCGGUGUCGUAGCUCGGAGAAUUUCCGCCAGCAAAAGCUUUUCUUCAGGAAAAAAACUUUUUUUUAUGGCAUUCAGGAAAAAAAUCUUGGUAGCAAUAGUGUAUGUCUAUUAAGAUUAGGGCAUAAUCUCCCCAGAUUUACAUGCUUUACAUGCAUAGUUUCAAGUUUCAGGAUCUAAAGCAUCCCCAGUAAUAUUGUACAUUUUACAAGUCCACUGUUUGAUCACGUAUUUAAAAUAAGGACCGUCCUCCCAAGA